GAUUUUUUCCACAGUAAGUCUAUUUACACGGCGGGAGAAAAAUGUCUAACGCCAACUGGAAACCGUUUGUUUUCGGCGGGCUAGCGUCUGUGACGGCGGAAUGCGGCACCUUCCCAAUCGAUUUAGCCAAGACGCGGCUUCAAGUUCAGGGCCAGGUGGGCGACAGUAAAUACCGUGAGAUCCGGUACAGAGGCAUGCUCCAUGCAUUAUCCAGGGUGGGCAAAGAGGAGGGGCUCCGAGCUCUCUAUUCAGGAAUAGCUCCUGCCAUGCUGCGUCAGGCAUCCUAUGGGACCAUUAAAAUUGGCACAUACCAGAGCUUAAAGCGACUGCUGGUUGAUAGACCAGAAGAUGAGACAUUGCUGACUAAUGUGGCGUGCGGUGUCCUGUCUGGAGUCGUCUCUUCUUCCAUCGCCAACCCUACUGAUGUGCUGAAGAUUCGCAUGCAGGCUCAGGGAAAUGUGAUCCAGGGCAGUAUGAUGGGCAACUUCAUCAACAUCUACCAACAGGAGGGAACAAGAGGACUGUGGAAGGGCGUCUCUCUAACGGCUCAGCGGGCGGCGAUCGUGGUCGGGGUCGAGCUGCCGGUCUACGACAUCACCAAGAAGCAUCUGAUCUUGUCGGGUCACAUGGGGGACACCGUGUACACACACUUCUUGUCCAGCUUCGUAUGUGGCCUGGCGGGGGCUUUGGCCUCCAACCCGGUGGACGUCGUCCGGACGCGCAUGAUGAACCAGAGAGGAGUAGCUUUGUACCAGGGAACAUUAGACUGUCUACUGCAGACGUGGCGCUCCGAGGGCUUCAUGGCCCUCUACAAGGGUUUCUUCCCCAACUGGCUCCGCCUGGGACCAUGGAACAUCAUUUUCUUCCUCACGUACGAGCAGCUGAAGAUGAUCGAUGUGUGAUGGGCAGAAUCGGAGCGAAGAAGAGACGAGUAUGAGCAAGUGCUCCGAGACGAGCAGAAAGGACCAAAAAUCGGGAAUGGCUGGAUUGGGAUGGAACCUUAAUGGAACCAGUGAAUGGGGGUUUGAUGUAGACCCACGUUCAGGGCGGCAUGAGAAUUUGUCUGCUCCCCGUUGGGGCUACACGCCUCUUUAAAGCCUGUGGCAAGCGUGGAAGCAACUAAAAGACUCACACAAACACUCGUACCUGUUUUAAGCUCAUCCAAUUUCUACAUUUAAGCUUAAGCUUUCAUUUCAAUUUGAUACUGACUCCACUUAUUUAUUGAUUUAACUACCUGUAAUUCAGGAUGUUGCACUCCUACUCUGUUAAUUGUUCAUAAAUACUUUUUUUCCCAAUCAGAAGCUGCUUUAAAAUGGCUUUUAAGUCAUGAGAAAAAAACACAUUUCAGUCUUCUACACUUAAAAGUGGCCUCCAAACUGAGUGCCUUAGUUUGUGAUACAGGCUGUGUACGCCUGAGUCGGAUAGCAGCUGACAAUCACAGUGAUCAUUCCCUUUAGAAAAAGAUUUAAAAAAUGUUUGUGUGCAUGAGUCAACAAACUUGGACGAGGAUCUGGUGGGUUUUUUUGUUUUGUUGUUUUAUAUAUUUCUAAAUUGAGCGAUGGAUGUGUGCAAAGGUGAAAUUAUUAUUUAUUCUAAGAGUCCCCCUGGAGUAUUUACUGAGUUAGAGCCAAGAAUAUAUCAUGGUGUACUGUGAUAAUUAACAGUUAUAUAAACAGCCUGUGGGUGCUCAGACAGGAUACACACACACACACACCACAUGCUCCUAUGUGGUGGGACUAGUGGUCCCUCAUGCCAGCAAGUGCAGACAGUUAAUAUAUCUCCGGGCAGCUGGGGGUUGAUGCUGCGCUCCCUGGGUUCAUGGGUUAUGAUAUAAAAACUGAAACAUUAUGUAAGCCCACGAAGUACGUUCAUCUCAACCCCCCCACCCUUUUUAGGUUUAGACCACCGCGGCAGAUUAGGGUAUCUGAGGUGUGUCAUUUGACGAUGUUUAUUGCUUGAAAGCUCUAAAACCACUGCACAUGAUCCACCGUUAACUCCAGGUAUAUUUUCAUGUACUGUAUUUGCACGCAGUAUGCUUUCUGUGAGCUGUGCUUUCAUUGGAAACAAUGAAUAUUUUGCUGGCUGUUACGUGUGAGCUGCUUUUGCUGCCAAAGUGUAAGCCGGUGUCAUUUUGUCAUACUUUUUUUGGAUGUUGAUGUAAAUGCUGCUGUAGUUCUCUCUAUAAUUAAA